AUGGCAGACAAGAAGGUCUACCGCGCCAGCACCACGGCGCCCGUCAACAUCGCUGUUGUCAAGUAUUGGGGCAAGCGCGACCCGAAGCUCAACCUCCCCACCAACAGCUCCCUCUCCGUUACUCUCUCCCAGGCCGACCUCCGAACCCUGACGACUGCCUCCUGCUCGGCCUCCUACUCUGAAGGCGACAGCCUCAUCCUAAAUGGCGAAGCCUCUGAUAUCUCGGGAGCCCGCACACAAGCAUGCUUCCGCGAGUUGCGCACUCGCCGUGCUGCCCUCGAGGAGAAGGACUCCUCCCUGCCGAAGCUGUCCGCGAUGCCCCUGAAGAUCGUCACCGAGAACAACUUCCCCACCGCUGCGGGCCUCGCCUCCUCUGCGGCUGGAUUUGCCGCCCUUGUGCGUGCCAUUGCCGACCUCUACGAGCUCCCCGACUCGCCGUCUGAGCUGUCCCUAAUCGCGAGGCAGGGCUCGGGCUCGGCUUGCCGCAGCUUGUUUGGUGGUUACGUUGCGUGGAGGAUGGGCGACAAAGCGAACGGCACGGACUCCAAGGCCGACCUCGUCGCAGAGGCGUCGCACUGGCCCAACAUGCGUGCCCUGAUUCUGGUCGUCAGCGCGGCCAAGAAGGGCGUCUCGUCAACGUCGGGCAUGCAGCAGACGGUCGCAACGUCGGGCCUGUUCAAGCAGCGCGUCGCCGAGGUGGUGCCGAAGCACAUGGCCGAAAUGGAGGACGCCAUCGCCAGGCGCGACUUUGCACAGUUCGCCGAGGUAACGAUGAAGGACUCCAACUCGUUCCACUCUUCAUGCUCCGACACGUACCCUCCCAUCUUCUACAUGAACGAUGUGUCGCGGGCCGCCAUCCGCGCCGUGGAGCAGAUCAAUGCCGCUGCCGGCAAGACUGUGGCUGCCUACACGUUCGACGCUGGCCCGAACGCCGUCAUCUACUACCUCGAGGAGGACGCUGCCACUGUUGUUGGUGCUUUCUCUCCUGUGCUUGCUUCCGUGAGCGGUUGGAAGGAGGGCGUCGAGAGCCUCAAGUCUUCCGUCGCGCUGGACGAGACCGUGGCAGGGAUUCUCAAGAGCGGCGUCAGCCGUGUUAUCCGGACUGGUGUUGGCGAGGGCCCGAUCAAAUCGGACGUCUACCUCGUCGGAGAGAAUGGCGAGACGGUCAAGCAUUAA